UGACCCUCCGACCGCUUCCGGCUCGGGAGGAGGAUGUGGCCGGCGUGCGGGGCGCUCCGGGCCAGGGCUCUGGCCUUGGCGCGGUCUACGGGGACGAGGGCGUGUGGUGGGGGCGCGGGCGUCUCCUACACGCAGGGCCAGCGCCCCGAGCCCCGGACGCGCGAGUACUUUUACUACGUGGAUCAUCAGGGCCAGCUUUUCCUGGACGACUCCAAAAUGAAGAACUUCAUCACCUGCUUCAAAGACCGGCAGUUCCUGGUCACCUUCUUCUCCCGCUUGAGACCCAACCGUAGCGGACGCUACGAGGCCUCCUUCCCCUUCCUCUCGCCCUGCGGAAGGGAGCGCAACUUCCUGCGCUGCGAGGACCGGCCCGUGGUCUUCACGCACCUGCUGGCCGCGCGCCCCGGGCCCCUGCUCCUCUCCUACUGCGGCGGCGGCGAGGCCUUGACGGUGCCCUUCGAGCCCGCGCGCCUGCUGCCCCUGGCCGCCAACGGGCGCCUCUACCACCCGGCGCCGGAGCGCGCGGGCAGCGUGGGCCUAGUGCGCUCGGCCCUCGCCUUCGAGCUCAGCGCCUGCUUCGAGUACGCGCCUGGCGCGCCCGCGCUGCCCUCGCACGUGCGCUGGCAGGGCCGCCGCCUCGCCCUCACCAUGGACCUGGCCCCGCUGCUGCUCGCCGCCCCACCGCCCUGAGCGCCUCCCCUGCCCUCGCCCCCCCACCCCCCGGCGCCCCCAGCUGACCGCCCUCCGGGGCCUCCGCAGCUGACCGCGCCCCCGCCCUCCUGACGCCCCCGGCUCGCGUCGCUGCGCACGCGCCACUUGGAGAGCCCGCCGGCCGAGUGCGCAUGCGCGGCGGUGGUGCACCGCGGCCCCGCCCCGUCCGGCGCUGUCCGAGGUGCUGCCGCGGUCCGGGCCCCGACAUCCGGGAGGGUCGGGGUUGCGGGCCCUUCCACUCCCUCCCCACACCCCGGGCUUGGGGCGUCCUCCGGUUCGGCACGCGCUC